AUGUCAUCGGCUCGCAAUUCGGUUGUUUCACUUUCUUCCAACGGUUCUGUCAAAGUUGAAACCCGAUUGGUUAGCAACGAACGGAACUCUAGUAUUCAACAAGAAGGCGCCAUGCUUCCAUCGUCAAGUUCCAAAGACGAUGAUCUACUAUCAACAUCAUCUGAUGAAGUGGAGAAUAUGGCCACAAGGACGUUACAACAACUAGAAGAGAGUACAUCAAUCAUCUCUGCCAAUAGCGACGAUGACUCAGUUAGGAAGGAAAAACAGGACAAGAAGAAUCAUGUGGAGAUGGCCAGAGACACCGACAGGGAUGAAAAAGGUUUAUACUUUGACACUUGA